AUGGCAAAAGAUCUGAUCGCGGGUAGCCUUGCCGGGCCUACUCUCGAUCUAGUUAGUCGUGUCGAAAGGCUUAUGGAACGCCAAGCUUCUAAUCCUCGUCAGCGCAUGCUUGUUGCUCUUGCGGGCGUUCCCGGCUCUGGCAAAUCGACUGUUUCGCAUGCGCUGCUGCAAGAACUUGCUGCUCGAGGUGUUGAAGAAGUUGUGAUCGUGCCGAUGGAUGGCUUCCAUUACACCAAGAAGGUCCUCUCGGCAUUUGAAGAUCCAAAGACGGCUUUCCAAAGGCGCGGUGCUCCAUUUACGUUCGACGCAGAUGGUUUCCUGGACCUUGUCAGGACGUUGAAAUCAACGCCCGUCACAACAAGCGAAGAACCGGAGCAACUCAUCCAUGCACCUAGCUUCGAUCACGCCGUCCAGGACCCAGUCGGAGACGAUAUUGCUAUCUCUUCACGGAAACAGAUUGUCAUCGUUGAAGGCAAUUACACACUUCUGGACCUGAAACCUUGGAACGAAAUUGCCAAGAUUUGUGAUGAAAGAUGGUUCGUUGACGUCUCCCCAGAGAUAGUGAGAGAGCGACUGGCAGCUCGUCAUCUUGCUGCAGGUAUCGAAACUUCGUUUGAGGCAGCUGUCCAACGAGCAGAGACGAACGACAUUCCAAACGGCGAGAUGAUACGGUCGCUUCUGAUCGAGCCUGAUGUUAUCAUUCAUAACUAA